AAGGACACUUCCAUCUCAUGAAUCUGCACUAGUAGUCAUUCGCCAGCUAAUAUGUUACACUUGGAAGCACCCACCCCAAUGGAGUGCCAUAGAUCAGUGAAUCUUGCUUUCUCUUUCGCGCCGAAAUGCAUUUUGCAAGCGUCCCGCGCCGCGUUCGCCCCAUCUAUUCGUGACAGCAAUACAAUCAACCAUGCCUACAUUCCAUCCGCCAUGCAAAACAAGGGAAUACACCUAACCCACAUGCAGCCUCGUCUGUACAGCGCUUUACAGCGAAUCAAGACAAUUGCCGUGCAUUAUUCGUCCCUUCAUGAGAACGCUCGAGUCGUGAUAUAAUGCUUUUCUCUCUCUCUCUCUC